UAUAAAUUUGGUGAAGUAUUCGUAUCAUUACAAAGCAACGAAGCUCAAGAAUUUCUAGAAGAAAUGAAAUCGAAAAUCGGCGAUAAUAUCAAAAAUUUAACCGAAAAAAUGGAUCAGGCUAAGAAAUCUAUGGAAGCCUUAAAAGUAGCACUGUAUGCAAAAUUCGGAAAUAAUAUUAACCUUGAAUCG